GGAGGUGGCGGGCUUUUCCUUUCUGUUUAUGAUUAUUUCUAUUGAAAAGUUUUAGGUAUUUUUUAAGAUAAAUAGUUUAGACCAUAUUUUUAUCGGUCUGUAAAAGUUAGAAUUUAUAAAUUCAAUCAUUAGAGUUUUACAGUACUUGAUUAUCAUCUUAUAAAUAAAAACCGGCUCGAAAAUGUCUGAUUUUCCCGACCCCGAUGAAGAAUACGAGCUUAUGUAUUCAGACGAGCUUGAAUUAAUGAAAGAAAAUGAAGAUAAAACAGAUUCUAACCCAGUUAAACAAAAAUCUCUACCAGCAAAACGAAGUUUAGAUUUUUCGUCCCAUAUAUCCAAAAAUACAGAUCUGCAAGAAAAAUUGGAAUCUAAUACAAAAGACAAUGAUAUUAACUUGACACCUAGUUUGCAAAACAUGGAAGAAGUCUUGGCACAAACAAAUGUGCCCAGUAAAAGAACUGCCGAGGAUUUAUUUGGUGACAUAGAUGAUAUAGAUUUUGACAAUCUUGAACUACCAAGUAAAAGGCAAAAGACUGAUGAGGAAAAUGAUUUUGAUUUAAUAAAUAAGAUUUUGGAAGGAAGAAGACUUAAACAAUUGCUUACGGAGCCUGCAAGUGGUAGGAAUAUGAAGACAAAAGUUAACUUUGAUGUCAAGGAAAAUAUAUCAAUCAAUAUUCCAAAAUGGCCAUUUAUGCCGUUAACAAAUUCAGAUGGGGAUCGUAUUUACAUAAGACUGGAGUCUGAAGAUUAUUGGAAUAAAUCUUUGGAAAUGGACACAGAACAGUUGUCUUUAAGGUCUACUUACUCAUCUGCUUGGGAAGAGGCACAAAAAAUUUUAGAGAAAAAGGAGCAAAAAUCAUUGAAAGAAGAUGAUACACCCAUGAUAGAUAUAGGAGAGCAUAAUACUUGUUUGUGGGUAGAAAAGUACAGACCUAGUUCAUAUAUAGAUCUAUUAUCAGAGGAACCUGUCAACAGAGCUUUAUUACAUUGGCUGCAUUUGUGGGAUAAGGUAGUGUUCAAGAAAGAAGUGAAAACAAAAGACCCACAACAACGUACCACUUUCAGCAAGCGAGCUGGACAAUUUCAACUAACCAACAAGUGGAAAGGUAAAAAGGAAUCUGAACCGGAGAUAGAUGAUGAUGGAAGACCUCAUCAUAAAGUAGCACUUCUAUGUGGACCACCAGGAGUGGGGAAGACAACUUUGGCACACUUACUGGCGAGAUUGGCUGGUUACAGGCCAGUAGAGCUGAAUGCAUCAGAUGACAGAAGUACAGAAGCAUUUAGAUCAGCGUUGGUGAGUGCCACCUCAAUGAGGUCGGUCAUGGAUGUUGAUAAAAGACCUAAUUGUCUUAUACUAGAUGAGAUAGAUGGUGCACCAACACAAACAGUGGAACUGUUGGUGAAGUGGUGCACCACAACAGUAGCGGAGGGGGCCAAGAAGAAAUCCAAGACUCAACCACUGCGGAGACCUGUCAUAGCUAUAUGUAAUGACUUGUACGCUACUUCUUUAAGACCUUUGAGGCCAGUAGCGCUGACAGUGACAGUGGGCAGUGUGUCAGCAGCGAGGUUGGCAUCACGUCUUGCUGUGGUGGCAAGCUAUGAGAGGCUGAGGGUGGAGACAAAGGUGCUGAGUGCUCUCGCCACACGAGCUGGUGGUGACAUACGUACUGCCUUACAUGUCCUCAACUUCCUGCGAGCUAAGACUAAGUUGACAAUAAAAGACAUAGAGAAUGUAGCAAUCGGCACAAAGGAUACAAGCAAGAGUAUAAUGCAAGCGUUGCAAGCUGUGUUCACAUUGGACGAUAGCAACACUGAAGCUUUCCACAGGAUCAUACAAGCUGCUGGAGAAUAUGAUAGAUUAGUUGAGGGUAUAUUUGAAAAUUAUAUAACAGCUCGCGUUGACACCCGUCUCCAUAUAGCAUCGGAGACAAUGAGCUGGUUAGGAUACUAUGACAUAGUGCAGGCGUGGACAAUGCGGUGUCAGAAUUAUUCCCUCUAUGGUACAUUGCCACUCUGUAUAGCGCGGUGUCAUAGACUGCUCGCUACAAGGACAUAUCAUAAGUUGAAGUUUCCUAUGCAAGCGCAGGAGAUGUACCGUAAGAAAGUAGAACUAGAUAGCAUAUUGGUGUCAGUGUGGCGAGGCAGUGGACCUCACGUGGUCAACAAUAGAAAUGCAUUGAAAUUGGAUGUGAUACCACUCUUACCUUAUUUAUUGACACCCACGUUACGAUCUGCUAAUAUACAGUUGUGCAGUGAGAGCGAACGUAACACAGUACGUACUUGCGCAGGCGCAUUGUGUGACUACGGGCUGAGAUACGUGCAGCAGCGUGCGUCUGACGGACUGUAUACAUAUCAGCUGGAACCUGAUGUAUAUAAGAUCGCUUUUAUGGGUACGGAAGAAAGAAUAAGACCUCAACCAGCGAUACGACAGGCUAUAGCUAGAGAACAACAACUUGAAAUUAUCAGGAGAAACGAAGAGAUGACAGCAAGAGUAAAACCAAGGAAAAUUGAUGAAAAUAUUAAGAAAAUGGAAGAAAAGUUAGUAUAUGUUUCGGAAAAAGAAUCUCGAUUACCAAAUCACUUGCAACGUUUGAAGCCUAAAAGUAUUGAAAAACGUAUUCCUCAGGUACAUAAAGAUUUCUUCGGAAGAAUAGUACCGAUGGCGCAGAUACAGCGACAAGAGGCGUUACCCGACGUGAUAUCAUCCAGCGGUGUGUUCUACCAGUACAGGGAGGGAUUCAACAACGCCGUGCGACGGAAUGUGCGCCUCAGAGAUUUACUUUAAAAGCUCGUCAGUUAAUAUAAACUCACUAUAUUGUACAUAUAUCUAGGUUUGAAACUAGUUCAAUGAAAUUGAUAGUUUUUAACAUAUUUAAGUAAUGUUGCGUUCACUAUUAAAAUUGUGAAAGAAACUAAAAUGU